AUCAGCUCUUGAGAGGAACAUCUUACUUUCAUCUAGAAGGGAUUUAUUCAGCUUUCUAGAGUGAAAAUGAGUACAUAUAAAGUGACUGUUUUCACUACCAACGGUGUAGCUGCAACCACGUUCAACAAUGUUUUCGUUAAACUGGUGGGGACAGAAGGUGAAAGCGAACGCACGUGGCUCUGGAAUCUUAAAGGGCCGUUAGCUUUCACCCAAGGAGCUGUUUCAUGUUUUAGCGUGUGGUGCAGCACCUCCAUUGGAAAACUGCUGUUGAUAGAAAUAGACAAACAGGCUCUCCUGUUGUUCCCACAAGACUCGUGGUUCCCAGCCAAAGUAGAAGUCGAAUCUCCGGAGGGACACACCUACAAAUUUCCCAUCUACCGCUGGAACACUGACCAUAAAGUGCAUCGCUUCAGAGAAGCAACAGCUCUGAGAGUCUUUGAUGACAACCAUCAUCUUGGUAGGUACACUCGGCAGCAGGAGCUUAGACAGCGAGAGGAAGAUUAUCGUUGGGAUGUAUACAUGGAGGGAAUACCCCACUGCAUCAAGGCAGAUAGUCCCCUUUCACUGCCUUGUGAGGUCCUUUUCUCCUACACCAAGUCCAAAGAGUUUGCCUUCACUGUAGUCUCAGGACUGACAGAGCUGAAGCUGAAGGGACUGUCUGAUUGUAAGAAGAACUGGACCAAUAUUGAUGACAUCAAUCGAGUGUUUUGCUGUAAACGUACCGACAUAUCAGACUAUGUCCAAGAACAUUGGAAGGAGGAUUCCUUCUUUGGCUACCAGUUUCUAAACGGUGUCAACCCCAUGAUGAUCCGACGCAUUUCAUGCCUGCCCUCUAACUUUCCUGUCACUGGUAACAUGGUCUUCCCUCACUGUGGGCCUAACUUGGAUGAGGAAGUGAAGAAAGGCAACAUAUUCCUGUGUGACUACAAAACUAUGGAUGGAGUGCAGACCAGCAUCAUCAACGGGAAGAAGCAGUACUUGAUGGCUCCACUGGUUUUGCUCCACAAAACUGCAGAUGAUAAAUUGAUGCCAAUUGCUAUUCAGUUGAAACAGAAACCAUCAGAGGACAACCCCAUCUUCCUGCCCACGGAUUCUGAGUACGACUGGCUGAUGGCAAAGAUUUUUGUGAGAAGUGCGGAUUUCAACGAGCAUCAGCUCAAUGUUCACCUGCUGCGUACUCACCUGCUGACCGAAGUUUUUGCAGUGUCUCUGCUUCGCAAUGUACCCAUGGUGCAUCCUCUGUACAAGCUUCUCAUACCUCACACUCGCUACACGCUGCAGAUCAACUUCUUAGCACGGAAGACACUAAUAUCUGAGGAUGGUGUUUUCACUCAGUUUGUAUCCUCUGGUGGAGAGGGCAUGAUCACAAUCCUGAAGAGAUCAUUGUCCUCAAUGACAUACACCUCCCUGUGUAUACCUGAUGACAUUGCCGAGCGUGGGCUCCAGGACGUACCAAACUACUACUACAGGGAUGAUGGACUCAGGAUUUGGGAUAUCAUCCACAGGUUCGUGGAGGGAAUCCUCGGGCACUACUACCAGAAUGAUUCUCAUGUUCAGCAAGACUCUGAAGUCCAGAAGUGGAUUUUAGACAUUUUUGAGCAUGGAUUCCUUUCCCAAGCAUCCACAGGAAUUCCUCAGAAAUUUACCACUGUGCCUGAACUGGUCAAGUUUGUUACCAUGGUGAUUUUCACUGGCUCUGCCCAGCACGCUGCUGUUAAUUCUGGACAGUAUGACUACGGUGGCUGGAUGCCAAACAAUCCCAUCUCUCUUCAACUUCCUCCACCAACCAAGAAGGGGACAGCGAGUGAGGCCACGAUGCUGGCGACAUUUCCUGACGUCAACGCAACAGUUCAAGGCAUGGCCACCAUGUGGCUCCUCAGCAAACAGUCCAGCGACUUUAUUCAUCUCGGCCAGUAUAUCGAGGAGCACUUUGGUGAGGAGAUUCCCUGUCAGAUGAUAAAGAACUUCCAAGAAGAGCUGAAAGUGUUAAGCGAAGACAUCCAAGCCAGAAACAAGAAUCUGGAAGUGCCUUACACGUACAUGGAUCCAGCAGAGGUAGAAAAUAGCGUGGCUAUUUGAAUAUCAAAGGGUGUGACAUGCUCACUGAGGGUCUCACAAAAGUUGCUUGUCAUGUGCUGUAAAAAACAUAAAAGUAGAAGCACACGUAGAAUCCAAGAUGCUAUUAUUUUUUCCUAAACCUGCUUUCGUAAAAAAACCUGAGAUAUCACUGUUGUUUUACACCAAUGUACUGUUUUCAUUACCAGUUUUAUUAUUACUCUAAUCAUUUUAAUAAAAUGUUUUUUUAUUUUAUGUGGUAGCAACUUUUAAGGUAUGUGUGUAUUGUAUGUUGGUAGAGUAGAAGUCAUACUAAGCAAAAAGGUGGACAUAUAACCUCUUGCUCUAAAAUCAAGACAACGCAGAAUUCUUCCUUCUAAAAACCAGCAGGUUUAAAAAAUAAAAUAUUAGUUUGAAUCAAGAUUAAAUAAUAUAAAAGGAAAUGUGUGGAACUGAUCUUGCUCGUUGUUUGAUUUAUUGCCGUUGCAUUGUGUGGUAGGUGGCCAUGUUGGUAGCUACAGAAGUGGAUAGUAAACAAUACGUUAAGAGAAGACAGGUCAUAACAUGUCAUGUACUUCUGGCUGAAAUCCGGCCCAAAUAUGAUCGUAUCCUUAUUCUCAGAUUUAUUUUCCCAUAUUGCAAUCUGCUAUUUAGAACAUCUGUUAUGUAAUGCAAUUGCUUUGAAUUCAAAAUAUCAGCAUCAUGUAAUUAAUAUGUCAAUGUGGAAAUCAAUAAAAUCAUUUGUGUGCU